CGUCAGCUGACCCAUCGCCAUCUUGGCCGCCAUUUGCGAGCGGCCCGGAGCAGGGAGGUGAGCGUUCUGUGGAAGCGGGGCCUCACUCGCCGCCCCUCUUCUCAGACUGGUCUCCGCCCGCAGCCGUAGCUCUGGCCUCCACGUCGCUCCCUCCGCGGCGGCCGAAAGCGCAGCACGUCGCGCGCCUGAGGUGCGGUCGCCGGGUGCCCGCGCCUUCCAGGGCCGCGGCGGAGGUGUUCCCCUCGGAGGCCGCAGCUCGCGGGUCGCCGCGAUGGCCCUCAAGAUGGUCAAGGGUAGCAUCGACCGCAUGUUCGACAAGAACCUGCAGGAUCUGGUCCGCGGCAUCCGCAAUCACAAGGAAGACGAGCCUGUGACCUAGAUUAAGGAAGAAGUGAGAUAGCGGCGCCUAAUGCCUGGCUCAAUAUAAGGACACAGGCCUCCUCCUGGGCAGGAAGGCCUUCUUGAAAGAGGGCAUCCAUGACAGGCCAAGUACAUCUCACAGUGCAUUGAUGAGAUCAAGCAGGAGCUGAAGCAGGACAACAUUGCUGUGAAGGCCAACGCUGUCUGCAAGCUUACCUAUUUACAGAUGCUCGGGUAUGACAUCAGCUGGGCUGCCUUUAACAUCAUCGAAGUUAUGAGUGCCUCCAAGUUCACAUUCAAGCGUGUUGGCUACCUGGCCGCCUCCCAGUGCUUCCAUGAAGGCACCGAUGUCAUCAUGCUGACCACCAACCAGAUCCGCAAGGACCUGAGCAGCCCCAGCCAGUACGACACUGGAGUGGCAUUGACUGGUCUGUCCUGUUUUGUCACCCCAGAUCUUGCCAGAGACCUGGCAAAUGACAUCAUGACCCUGAUGUCUCACACGAAGCCAUACAUCAGGAAGAAGGCAGUGUUGAUUAUGUACAAGGUGUUCCUCAAGUACCCUGAGUCACUGCGUCCCGCCUUUCCCCGGCUCAAGGAGAAGCUGGAGGACCCAGACCCAGGGGUGCAGUCAGCAGCUGUUAAUGUGAUUUGUGAGCUAGCGCGCCGCAACCCUAAGAACUAUCUAUCCCUGGCCCCGCUGUUUUUCAAGCUCAUGACAUCCUCCACCAACAACUGGGUCCUCAUCAAGAUCAUCAAGCUGUUCGGCGCUCUGACUCCCCUGGAGCCCAGGCUGGGCAAGAAACUGAUCGAGCCUCUCACCAACCUUAUUCACAGCACCUCUGCCAUGUCCCUGCUGUACGAGUGUGUGAAUACUGUGAUUGCAGUGCUCAUCUCGCUGUCUUCUGGCAUGCCCAACCACAGUGCCAGCAUCCAGCUCUGCGUUCAGAAGUUGAGGAUACUGAUAGAAGACUCAGACCAGAACUUAAAGUACCUGGGCCUGCUGGCCAUGUCUAAAAUUCUGAAGACGCACCCCAAGUCAGUGCAGUCUCACAAGGACCUGAUCCUGCAGUGCCUGGAUGACAAGGAUGAGUCCAUCCGCCUGCGCGCCCUUGACCUGCUCUAUGGAAUGGUAUCCAAGAAGAACCUGAUGGAGAUCGUGAAGAAGCUGAUGACCCAUGUGGAUAAGGCUGAGGGCACCACCUAUCGAGAUGAGCUGCUUACCAAGAUCAUUGACAUCUGCAGCCAGUCCAAUUACCAGCACAUCACUAACUUUGAGUGGUACAUCAGCAUCCUUGUGGAGCUGACUCGUCUGGAAGGUACCCGCCAUGGUCAUCUCAUCGCUGCACAGAUGCUGGAUGUAGCCAUCCGCGUCAAGGCCAUUCGCAAAUUUGCUGUGUCUCAGAUGUCUGCACUACUUGACAGUGCCCACCUGGUAGCCAGCAGCACCCAACGCAAUGGCAUCUGUGAGGUGCUCUACGCUGCUGCCUGGAUCUGCGGGGAAUUCUCAGAGCACCUACAGGGACCCCAGCAAACCCUGGAGGCCAUGCUGCGGCCUAAGGUCACCACACUGCCCGGCCACAUCCAGGCUGUGUAUGUGCAGAACGUGGUAAAGCUGUACGCAUCCAUCCUGCAGCAGAAGGAGCAGGCUGCGGACACUGAGGCUGCACAGGAGGUCACCCAGCUUCUGGUGGAGCGGCUGCCACAGUUUGUACAGAGUGCUGACCUGGAGGUGCAGGAGCGGGCGUCCUGCAUCCUGCAGCUUGUCAAGCAUGUGCAGAAGCUACAGGCAAAAGGUGUGCCGGUAGCCGAGGAAGUGAGCGCCUUGUUCGCUGGUGAACUGAACCCUGUGGCCCCCAAGGCCCAGAAGAAGGUCCCAGUUCCUGAAGGCCUAGACCUGGAUGCCUGGAUCAAUGAGCCACCUUCAGACAGUGAGUCUGAGGAUGAGAAACCCAAGGCCAUCUUCCAUGAAGAGGAGCCAAGGCAUGCACGGCGCCGGCAGCCUGAGGAAGAUGAGGAGGAGCUGGCCCGGCGGCGAGAAGCCCGGAAGCAGGAGCAAGCCAACAACCCUUUCUAUAUCAAGAGUUCCCCGUCCCCACAAAAGCGAUACCAGGAUGCACCAGGUGUGGAGCACAUUCCUGUGGUGCAGAUCGACCUCUCAGUGCCUCUGAAGGUUCCAGGCCUGCCCAUGUCAGACCAGUAUGUAAAGCUGGAGGAGCAGCGGCGGCACCGGCAGCGACUGGAGAAGGACAAGAAGAGGAAGAAGAAGGAGAAGGGGAAGCGCCGCCACAGCUCCCUGCCCACAGAGAGCGAUGAGGACAUUGCCCCUGCCCAGCGCGUGGACAUCAUCACUGAAGAGAUGCCUGAGAAUGCUCUGCCUAGUGACGAGGAUGACAAAGACCCCAAUGACCCCUACAGGGCGCUGGACAUUGACCUAGAUAAGCCCUUGGCUGACAGCGAGAAACUGCCUGUCCAGAAACACAGGAAUGCAGAAACUGUGAAGUCACCAGAGAAAGAGGGCGUCCCUGGUAUAGAGAAGAAGAGCAAGAAGCCCAAAAAGAAGGAGAAGAAGCCCAAAGAGAGAGAGAGAGAGAAGAAGGACAAGAAAGGCGAGGACUUAGACUUCUGGCUAUCCACCACCCCGCCACCUGCUGCUGUCCCUGUUCCUGCCCCAUCCACAGAAGAGUUUUCUGUGAGCACUGUUGCCCCAGAUAAAGAUGAGGGUGAAGAACUCCAGAGAGAAGAGCCGGAGGAUGAGGAGGACAACAUGGAUCGUGACCAGGAAAAGAAAUCGUCCCGGCACAAGAAGAAGAAACAUAGGAAAGAGAAGGAGGAGAGGCCACGAGACAAAAAGAAAGUCAAGAAGAAGCAGGCUGCACUGCUGGAGAAUGGUGCGACAGAGGAGGAGGAGCCCAUCCCGCCCAUGUCCAGCUACUGCCUUCUGGCUGAGAAUUCCUACAUUAAAGUGACAUAUGACAUCCAAGCCAGCCUACAGAAGGACAGCCAAGUGACCGUGUCAGUCAUCCUGGAGAACCAGAGCAACAGCUUCCUGAAGAACAUGGAGCUGAAUGUGCUGGACUCACUCAAUACAAAGAUGGCUCGGCCAGAGGGUUCAUCAGUGCAUGAUGGUGUGCCUGUGCCUUUCCAGCUACCCCCUGGAGUCUCCAAUGAGGCCCAGUUUGUGUUCACCAUUCAGAGCAUCGUCAUGGCCCAGAAACUCAAAGGCACACUGUCCUUCAUUGCCAAGGACAAUGAAGGGGCCACCCAUGAGAAGUUAGACUUUCGGCUGCAUUUCAGCUGUAGUUCCUACCUGAUCACCACUCCCUGCUACAGUGAUGCCUUUGCCAAGUUGCUGGAGUCAGGAGACCUGAGCAUGAACUCUAUCAAAGUCGAUGGCAUUAGUAUGUCUUUCCAGAACCUCCUGGCAAAGAUCUGUUUCCACCACCACUUUUCCGUUGUGGAGCGAGUAGACUCCUGUGCCUCCAUGUACAGCCGCUCGAUCCAGGGUCACCAUGUCUGCCUGCUGGUGAAGAAGGGUGAGAGCUCCGUGUCAGUAGAUGGGAAGUGCAGUGAUGCCACACUGCUCAGCAGUCUGCUGGAAGAGAUGAAGACCACGCUGGCCCAGUGCUGAAUGAUGGAGUCCAGGAUGCCCAACACACUAUGGACAGAUGUGAUGGGUCUUGCCUCUCCUCUCCUUUGUCAAAUGUAGUGUCCCCACACCCAGCAUUAAUUUAACACCACUGGCCUCCA